AUGUCUCAUCGCCAAACACAUCUCCUGGACUCAUUGUCUGCUGAACUCUCUCAGCAGCUCAAGGAUCACGCAAAUCAAGUCCUGCUGGAGAUUAUACGGCCGAACUUUGCAUCUCAAUUUGCGCAGGGUGCUCCCGAAUUGGCAAAAUUCCGCGAGGCCAUCGUGCAGAGUGAUUCGAAUGAUGAUGAUGACUUCCUACGCAGCUUCCGAGAUCUCGUUCCCAUCACAAAUUACGAGCCUUAUAGGCCGUUUAUAGCAAAGUUUCUGGCAAUCCCUUGCAUGGAGGCUGACGUCAAGAACAUGUUCGCUCCGGGACUGCCCUACUUCUUAGCCAUGACCAGCAUGACAUCUAGGAAUGCACCAGAGAUAUUCCCAAAGUAUCGGCCUCCUCCUCGCCUUUUGCAACAAUCCUCAUAUCAGGCGCGUUUCCCGUCAGAGGGCACCACCUUGUCACCAUCGUCUUUGAGGUAUUGGCAGGUCAUAAAAAUAGAGUGUGGGGACGGUCAGAGCUCCAAGGACGUUGCUGUCUGCUCGAUGAGCAAUGGUAUGCUGCGAAUAGAAAAGAACUGGGACAUCGAAAAUGACAAGGAUAGACUCGAUUUGUGGGUUCCGGGGCAAACGGAUCCUUAUGCGAUAUCUUUAAUCAAGAAUUAUCGUACUUUCUUUAUUCUGAAUGCGCUAUUUGCACUGGCGGACCGUCGAGUGACAACCAUCCGCUUCUUAUUCGCCAAUAUAUUCGUCAUCUUUUUGCAGCACGUGGAAGACGAAUGGCCCUUACUUGUCGAAUGCAUCGAGAAGGGUAUCAUCCCGGAUAUCGAAGAUCUAGGCGAUCUGCGAGCACCCUUAGAGAAACAUCUUACUCCUAACCCUGUCCGUGCUGCCGAACUUCGCGAAAUUGGGCCUCCUGUCAUCCAGGGCUGGGCAGUCCGCGUGUGGCCUGACUUGAAACGAUUCGUUGGGAUUACUGGAGGUCAUGCUGCUAUUUCUCAACACAAGGUUAUUCACCUCCUUGGACCUUCUGUCCCUAUCCAGUCUUAUGGGUAUGGUAGUUCAGAAUGCCGUGUCGCGCAGACAUACCAUGAAGGCAACUCUAAUACUGACUUCAAAGUAUCGUUUAGAGAUGGGGUCAUCGAAUUUCGGGACGUGCGUUCCGGCGAAGACCACGUAUUGUCCGCUUCGGAACUUGUGACUGGUGGACAUUACGAGCCCAUCGUGACGACCCGCAGUGGCUUGUGGAGAUACCGCCUUGGUGAUGUGAUCAUGGUUAAAGGUUUCGCUCCGGAUGACGGCCUGCCUGUUAUCAAUUACCUUCAUAGGCGAGAUGACUCGCUUGAAGUGGCAUUUGGGGCGUCGUGUACAGAGUCGCAGUUGACGAACGCGAUCGUCUCUGCCGCUCAACAAUCGAUUGGCCAGAUCGUGGCUUUCACUAUUGUGCUAGAUGAUCGAGACACCCCUGUUACUUAUGGGUACUUGGUAGAGCUUGCAGGGGAAUUAAGACAGGACGCGAGAAUGGCAGUCAAGCACCUGUUUGAUAACCUCGUCACAGCAAGCGAUGAUUAUCGCAUAGUUGUUUGGCAAGGCAGGUCAAGAAGGCCUACCAUCCGUAUCGUGGACAAAGGCACCUUCGCAGAAUAUCACAGGCGGAAAUACGAGCAGAUGGACGUCACGGCGUGUCAGGUGAAAGUUCCCGUCGUCGUAUUUGACCCAACAAUUAAGGAAUGGCUCCUGGAGCGAGUUAUAAUGGAGUUGUAA